CAGGAUCGCUCAGCAAGAUUAAUUUUCAGCAACGCAGGGCUGGGAUCACACAGAGCACAGGAAAUUGCAAACAUGGCAAGGGAGAAAGGUACAAAGGAAACAGCAAAGAAAAACCAAACUGGAGAUGAUCCCCCCAAAGGAGGUUUCUCGUCUCAGAAAAAAUCCCCGAAACUAUGUGGCACCAACUACCCGCUCAGCAUUGCCUUCAUCGUGGUGAACGAGUUCUGCGAGCGCUUCUCCUACUAUGGCAUGAAAGCCGUGCUGACUUUGUAUUUUCUCAAUUUCCUCCACUGGGAUGAGAACUUAUCCACCACCAUGUACCAUGCCUUUUCAGGCCUGUGUUAUUUCACACCUGUCAUCGGAGCUCUCAUCGCCGACACAUGGCUGGGAAAAUUCAAGACGAUUAUCUACCUCUCCAUUGUCUAUGUGAUUGGCCACGUGAUAAAGUCUGUUGGUGCGAUACCAACUGUGGGAAACCAGGUUGUUCAUGUGGUUCUGUCCAUGCUUGGCCUGGCUUUGAUUGCCCUUGGAACGGGCGGUAUCAAACCCUGUGUGGCUGCCUUUGGUGGGGACCAGUUUGAAGAAGAACAUGCCCAAGAAAGGAGCAAAUUCUUUUCAGUCUUCUAUCUAGCUAUUAAUGCGGGAAGUUUGAUCUCUACAUUUGUUACUCCUGUAUUGAGAGGGGAUGUGAAAUGCUUCGGAGGAGAUUGCUAUGCCUUGGCUUUCGGUGUCCCAGCAGCACUCAUGGUUAUAGCCCUGGUUGUGUUUAUUGCUGGAAGUGGAAUGUACAAAAAAACUCCGCCGCGAGGGAACAUCUUACUCGAAGUUUGCCAGUGCAUUGCGUUUGCUAUUACAAACCGGCUGAAAAAUCACUCCAAACAGAUUCCAAAGAGGGAGCACUGGCUAGAUUGGGCAUCAGAAAAAUACUCAAAGCAACUGAUCAAUGAGAUUAAAAUGGUGACACGAGUUCUCUUCCUGUUUAUCCCACUGCCAAUGUUCUGGGCUCUCUUUGAUCAACAGGGAUCUAGAUGGACUCUGCAAGCUACUAAAAUGAAUGCAGACUUUGACCCAGCUGAGUAUUCAAAAUUAAUGCUGAAUGGAGCACAACAAAACCUUGGCUUUGAGCUGCAGUCCCAAGGAUCAGUGUCCACAUUUUACCACACCAUGCAGGAAAAGUCAGUAUACAGCUUAAUUGUCUACAAGUCAGAGGGAAACCUAUCAAGCCACUUAAUUGCAGACAUGGAAACAAAACCAGCCAAGGGGCUGACGGCUGUCAGGUUCAUUAAUGCUUUGGACCAAGAUGUCAACGUCACCAUUGGCAGAGAGCAGAUCAUCAGUAUUAAUAAGAACUACAGUGUUUCAGAUUACACAACGUUAGAGAGGGGAAAAUACAGUGUACAAUGCAAAACUGAAGCUAAGGAAGUCACCCUGGACCUAGGCCUGCUUGACUUUGGAGCAUCGUACACCAUUGUUAUAACUAACACUUCUGCAAACACUAUUGGAGCAUGGAAGACAGAAGAUAUCAUGGCCAACGAUGUCCAUAUUGCUUGGCAAUUGCCACAGUACCUGUUAAUAUCAGCCGGGGAAGUGAUGUUCUCCAUUACGGGGCUAGCAUUCUCUUAUUCUCAGGCUCCUGUCAGCAUGAAAUCAGUGCUCCAGGCAGGCUGGCUGCUCACCGUGGCCUUUGGAAAUGUCAUUGUGCUCAUCGUUGCCCAAGCAGCGCCGCUGGAGCAGUGGGCUGAGUUUGUCUUGUUCGCUUGCCUGCUCUUUGCCGUGUGCAUCAUUUUCUCCAUCAUGGGCUAUUUCUACAUUAGCGUGGAUCCCGAAGACCUGCCGGAAAAAGAAGAGGAGAAAGAGAUGCCCAGUAAUGGAAACGUGAUUAGCCUCGUUCCCCAGAAAACAAAGCUAUAACAUGACUGUCGGUUGGGCUGGUUGCUUUAACAGGAAGGAGGUUCAGGGGCAGGGACGGGGUUUUUUGCAUUCUGGCCUCUCGCUCGAAAUGUAUCUUUCUGCUAAAUUGAAAAAAUAUCCCCCUUUUCCCCAAACAAGGGGUCUGAAAAUUUGUAUAAAACUGCCCUGGAAAGCUCCCCUCGUAUUAAAGGCACUAUUACAAAUAAAUACAAUAUAAUUUUAAAUCUGCCCGCCCUUUAUAGCCAGGAAAUUAUUUUCUGUGACUUGGCUUUAAAUAUAUAUUUAGCAGCAGGGGGAAGCAUGUACACUGGACUCUGAGACAACACUGCUGAUUUAUGUAGGCAUUUGGAAGAACGGGAUGAAAUUUACUGAAGAGCAAUUUGAUGGAAUGAUUGGUAGGAGGUUUCCGUGUCAUCAGUAAGGUCGGGAAGUGUUACGUAUAAUCAUGGAAGAUUUCAUCAUGUGACUUCUUUCUGGGCAUUUUGCUCCCAUUGUUACAUAUUACAAGGGGUCUUGAUUUAUGGUUUCUACCUGCAGAUCCACAUGUAAUAAUGGGCAAUGAAAUGUUGCAGGACAAAAUAUCCCCCAGAAACUACCCGCAGCAUGGAGCCAGUCAGUUUCACCUCUGCCAGCUGCCUGACGCUAAGAGAAGGAUUCUGCUCCCAGAAUCCUCUUUCGCAGGUCAGUCACGUCAAGUCAUGUUCUCACACCUUUCAUUCAGUAUGGCCCCACCGAUUUGGCACCAUUCCAA